CCUCACACCGUUCUCUUUUUUGACGCUUGCGGUCUCUUGCUGAUGACGUUUUAUUUAGGGGACGACAGUUAGCUAGAAUCGAUAGCUAGCUACAACGUUUCAAAAUGUAUAUAUUCAUGUUUUACGCAUUGUAGCUUUGGUUUAAAGUCCCAAUCCCGCGUAGACUUCAAGUAUUGUUUCGAUCAUUUGCAGUGAAAUGUUGGUGACGUUAACUAAUUUAAUUAAUCGAAUCAUUUACUGAGAUAGCUUGUAGGAAAUGAUUAGCUAGCGAGCUUGUUUUGUUGCUAGCAAGAGUAAUGGGAGCAACAAUGGGAAAAGGGGACACCUAGCCAGUUGCACAACAAUGUAUUCAACCGAUAUGUGUCUUCAGCAUAAUUUGGUAGUAAUGUAACUAGUUAGUGAUCCAGUAUCUACUAGCUAUGUUGACAUUGUUUUUUGAGUUGCCAAGAUAGCUGUAGUUUUAGGGUAAUUAGCUAAUAUGAUUGUUCUUAGUAAAAUUCAUAUCACUCAGUGUGUUUCUCUGGUUGACGCUCCAAGCGAGAGCGGCUUCGAGAUGUUGUGGUCAUAUCAAUUAUCAGAGAGGAAUAAAUUAAACAAUAACUUACACUAGAAAAUCUUUGACAAUACCCAGUUUUGGUGUUUUUUAAUAGACUAGCUACAUACAAUCCCAUAGAGCUCUAACCUGUGGUUGGUGUCUAAAGUCACCGAGACAACCAGGUAGAGCUGUGCCAAAAUGGAUGUCCAGUUGUCCAUCAGCUUCCUGAGGGACAGACUGGGCGGGGCCAUUGACGAGGCAGUGCGUACAGCAGUGGAGUCUGUGCUGUGUGAGACUGUGCGUCUGUUAACCGGGCUCCAAGGGGACCAGCAGCAUGGACUUUCCUCAGUGACCCAGAGGGACCAGGACACCCUGGGACUGAAGCAGAGGUUUGAGGCCCCCGGCGGGGGUGACUGGAGGGUGCAGGCUGGGUCUUCAGGGGCGUUCUGUAACACAGGACCGAGGGUUAGUGGUGGGCGCUGCAACACUAAGAAUCCAAUGGGUCAAACCACUUGCUCAACCUCCCAAGCAUCACAAAGGACCACCGUGGAGCCCCAUCUCCAGGAGGUGGUGGAGGACUGUGCUGGAUUGCCUGACCCGUUUGACCUUGUGUCGGCUGGGCCAGUGAUGGUGGACUAUGAGGAGGGUCAGGGCAUGGGGAUCCCAGAGGAGUGGGAACUGAUGAACAGAGUGUACAAGACGGAGCACAAUGAAGACAUGGCCCUUAUUGAUGUGGGCGGUACCACUCAAUUUGCAGAUGACCACAGGCUGCAUGAAGGAGACCAGAGGACUGUGGCUGUGCCCCUGGAGGGAGAGAUGGCUGCCAAGCCCCAGGACGCAUUGCACCCCUGCUUCAGCCCAGCCAACAUCAAAACAGAGCGACCUGAGAUAGAGAGAUGCUGCAUGGCUGAGGAGGCCCUUGCUCUGCCUCUGGCUCAUCCUGCCAAUAGUGGUGUGGAGGCCGGUGAGUUUGGGCAGGAGCAGGUGGAGGCUGGUCCACAGGACUUUGUAGGUCGCCUGCGCCUGUGGCUGGAGCAGCUGUGUCCUGAGGUGGUCCGGGAGUACGAGAGGGAGGGCUGUCUGUGUGAGCUGUCCCGCAGGAAGCUUAUCAAGUUCUCUGUGUCCUUCAUCGUGGAGGAGUUUGGAUUCUACCCUACCUCUGCUCAGAAGACCAUGCUGGCAGAGCACAUAGUGGAGCUCUUCCCAGGACUCAGGCUCUGUGCACCCUCUGCUGGCAUCAACGGCAUAGAACACUUGUACGACCCUUUGUCCCGUACGGGUUACAUUGAGACGCGCCUGCGCAACUCUCGACGCACCCUUGAAGACCACAAGAAGAAGUAUGUGCUGAAGAGGCGUCGGCCAGAGCCAGGCUUGGCGGACCCUCCUGUACCUAGAUUGGGGUCUGGGCUCCUGGAGAGACAGUCCAGUGAGGAGACCCAGAGGUGGAUGGAGCUGAUGAAGAGAACCAGGCCCCUGACCAGGAACCUGCCUGCCAUCCACAGUGCUAUGGACCUCACAUUCAACGCACGCAGGAGGUGGAUCAGCAACACACGGCCUAGUAUGAGGGCUGUGUUGGCCGAGUACCCACGUUUUCUUGACGUUCCCACCACGAUUGACCUGGAGUUUGAGAGGAUGUUCCCAGGCAAAGGCCACUCCUUCCUGGCCCAGUGGUCGUCGUUCGUGUUGCCCAGGCUGUACCAGAUUGCAGAGUGUGAAAAACACCCGGACAUCUCUGCACUUCUCCAACUGGCUGCCACACAGCAAGGAGACUCCUACACCAUGACUAUGCUGAAAGUCCUGAUCUAUGUACUACCACCAACAAACACCAGUAGAGCCUCCUUACCCUCCAGGAGCAGUGUCAGGCAGGCCAUUCGGUAUCUGGUGGACAUUGUACCGAUAGACACCAUGGUGUCCUCCUUAUUCUGUGACCUUACCUCCUUGGAGGGCCCAGAGUCAGUGUCCCACGCUCAGCCCUACAUAUUGAGCGUGGGGCCCCUGGAGGCCCCUGGCCGGCAGCUUUGCAUCGUGUUCCCUGUUGAUAGGAUUGCAAUCCCCCUGCCUCAGGAGGGCCUGAGCAAUGCACUGGACAAGCUUUUCAAGCUUCUGCGUGUGUUUGAACUGGGGUACCCAGAUCAGCUAUCCUCCCUGUAUGGCUUCCUUGAGCACCUGUAUGGGCUGGAGAUGACCCCACAAGAUAACCAUGACUCCCCCAGUGGCAAGGGGUCAAAAGUGCUUGAACUUUUAUCACGGCUCCACAUGCCCUCCUGACAGAAGGCAUAGGUCUAUACAAGAAUUGAACUCGUCUCAGACUUACCUUUUAUUUUUUAAAUAUUUUAUUAUAGCCGUCCUUUACAGAACACCUCCUUUACUAUGUUCUGGAUUUGCCCCAAAAUUAAAGUAUGUCAGACUGAACUGAGCAAUGCUGAUGGAUACUGGUGUUAUACCUUCAUUAUACAGUACCAGUCAAAGGUUUGGACACACCUACUCACUCAAGGGUUUUUCUUUAUUUUUAAUAUGUUCUACAUUGUAGAAUAAUAGUGAAUACAUCAAAACUAUGAAAUAACACAUAUGGCAUCAUGUAGUAACCAAAAAAGUGUAAAACAAAUAAAAAUAUAUUUUAGAUUCUUCAAGGUUGCUACCCUUUGCCUUGACAGCUUUGCACACUCUUGGCAUUCUCUCAACCAGCUUCAUGAGGUAGCCACCUGGAAUGCAUUUCAAUUAACAUGUGUGCCUUGUUAAUUGGUGGAAUUUCUUUCCUUAAUGCUUUUGAGACAUUUCUUUCCUUAAUGUAUUUGAGCCAAUCAGUUGGGUUGUAGGGGUGGUAUACAGAAGAUGUACCUACUUGGUAAAAUACCAAGUCCUUAUUAUGGUCCAUCAUUACUUUAAGAAAUGAAGGUAGGUCAAUCUGGAAAAUUUCGAAAACUUUUAAAAUGACUUCAAGUGCAGUCCAUUAAGCGCUAUGAUGAAACUGGCUCUCAUGAGGACCGCCACAGGAAAGGAAGACCCAGAGUUACCUCUGCUGCAGAGGAUAAGUUCAUUAGAGUUACCAGCUUCAGAAAUUGCAGCCCAAAUAAAUGCUUCAGAGUUCAAGUAAACAGACACAUCUCAACAUCAACUGUUCAGGGGAGACUGUGUGAAUCAGGCCUUCAUGGUCAAAUUGUUGCAAAGAAACCAGUACUAAAGGACACCAAUAAGGAGAAGAGACUUGCUUGGGCCAAGAAACACGAGCAAAGGACAUUAGACCGGUGGAAUUCUGAGUCCGAAGUUGAGAUUUUCGUUCCAACCGCCGUGUCUUUGUGAGACGCAGAGUAGGUGAAAGGAUGAUCUCUGCAUGUGUGGUUCCCACUGUGAAACAUGGAGGUGGUGUGGGGGUGCUUUGCUGGUGACACUGUCUGUGAUUUAUUUAGAAUUCAAGGCACACUUAACCAGCAUGGCUACCACAGCAUUCUGCAGCGAUACGCCAUCCCAUCUGGUUUGCGCUUUGUGGGACAUCAUUUGUUUUUCAACAGGCACAACACACCUCCAGUGUUAUUUGACCAAGAAGGGGAGAGAUGUAGUGCUGCAUCAGAUGAACUGGCCUCCACAAUCACCCGACUUCAAUCCAAUUGAGAUGGUUUGGGAUGAAUUUGACCACAGAGUGAAGGAAAAGCAGCCAACAAGUGCUCAGCAUAUUUGGGAACUCCUUCAAGACUGUUAGAAAAGCUUUCCUCAUGAAGCUGGUUGAGAGAAUGCCAAGAGUGUGCAAAGGGUGGCUACUUUGAAGAAUGUCAAAUAAACAAAUCAAAAAUUUGUUAAAAUCUUGGUUUUUCUUGGUUACUACAUGAUUCCAUAUGUGUUAUUUCAUAGUUUUGAAGUCUUCACCAUUAUUCUACAAUGUAGAAAAUAGUAAAAAGAAAGUCAACCCCUUGAGUGAGUAGGUGUUUCCAAACAUUUGACUGGUACUGUAUAUUCACUGAGCUUCUCAUUGACAAUGCAAAUACUUGCAUAAAACUAACAUCUUGUAUGAAUUUUCUGUGGGGGGAAAUGAUACUGUAUGUUGUACUUUAGGAUACCUUUUCAGUUUUUGCUCAAUUGCUUUAGAAUUUAACUUGCUCAUGAUACUGUUGUGGUUUUUAAUUAAAAAAAAGAAUUGAAUAUGUGAAAAACUGGUGA